CCACAGCUUAACUUUGACAUUGACUACAUCAUCGAGGGCAAGCCUAACACUGGGUUGAUUGAGAUCUACACGACUGAAGAACUCACAUUGAACUAUACCUUCACAAAUCUCGAGGAGGAUGCCGUGCACAUUGUUGGUGUCGGUGGUCACUUUGCUGACCCAACUGACGGUCACGUUCUUGCCAACAUUACAGAUGCCAAAGUUGGACCAAUCACUUUACAACCAGGAGAGACCAGUACUUUCCGUCAAUUCCUUGGUGCCGAGGUUCCUGUUGGUAACUACUUGCUGAUCCCAUUCUUGUACGUUGCAAAGGGUUCCGGUUUGGCUAAGAUUGGCGCAAAGAGUGUCCUCGCCGUUGUCGAAGAUCCACCAGUGUCAUACUUUUCUCCUCAAAUGAUUAUCCUGGAGCUUUUGCUCAUUGCUACUCUUGGUGUUGGUGUCUAUUUCGUCUACUUGAACUGGGGUGCUGCCUACUUGAAGAAUGCUGGUUACACCGCAUCUGCUACUCCAACCCCAACAUCUGCAAAGUCCACAGGUGCAGCUCAAAUUGAUGGUUCCUGGUUGCCAGAUCACUUGAAGAAG